AUGCCCCAAUACAAAUUGACAUAUUUUGACCUUCGUGGAUGGGCUGAGCCCGCUCGACAACUCUUACAUCUUUCUCACACUCCAUAUGAUGAUGUCAGAAUUCCGAUGGCCGAUACUGAGAAAUCAUGGGAGAAUUUGAAAGAAAAAACCCCAUUCGGACAACUUCCAGUCUUAAAUGUGGAUGGCUUUGAUAUUCCACAGUCGGCUGCAAUUUGUAGAUAUCUCGCCAGAAAGUUCGGAUACGCCGGAAAGAAUCCAGAAGAAGAAGCAUGGGCAGAUGCCAUUGUGGAUCAGUAUAAAGACUUUUCAGUGGCAUUCAAGACUUUAAUUUUUGCUGCGAGGGCUGGAAAGCCACAAGAAGACAUUUUGAAAAUACGUUACGAGAUUUUCAAUCCAUCCAGAGAUGCGUACUUUGAAAUUCUGAAUAAGAUUCUUAAAGAUAACAAAUCAGGGACUUGUUUGGAAAAGUUGAAAGCUUUGGAUGAUGAUAACGAGGAUCAUCAGAAACUGAGAAAAUACGUGGAGAAGAUCUACAGUACUCCAGAUCUAGAAGAUCAUAUUGCAACAAGAAUGGAUACAGAAGUCUGA